AUGAAGUCCCUCACUUUAGCCGCAAACCUGCUUUUGGUGGCCAGUGCCGCCUUGGCAUCUCCUCUUGCUGCUCGCAAGCAGGCGGCUAUGGAUGCUAUCCGUGCUAGGAAUGCUGCUCGUCGCUCCAAUAGAUUCCAAGCCAGCUCUUCCAGUCAUGUCAAUGGCACUGCUGACGUGGAGUCUACGAACUGGGCCGGCGCCGCUAUCACAACAUCAGGCAUUACUGAAGUUACUGGUACCUUCACGGUACCGAAGCCUAGCCCCCCAUCUGGUGGAAAUUCUGGCACUGAAUACUGUGGUGCUGCAUGGGUAGGAAUUGAUGGUUACUCUGAUGCGGAUCUCAUCCAGACUGGUGUCCUCUGGUGCGUCCAAAAUGGCCAGUACCUGUACGAGGCUUGGUAUGAGUACCUCCCCGCUUCGUUGAUCGCAUACUCGGGGAUUUCUGUAACUGCCGGAUCGGUUGUUACCGUUACUGCCACCAAGACUGGCAGCAACAGUGGAGUCACGACAUUGACGAGCGGCGGAAAGACUGUUUCUCACACUUUUACAAACCAAGGUUCACCCUUGCCUGGUACAAGCGCUGAGUGGAUUGUCGAGGACUUUACCUCUGGCAGCUCAUUAGUUCCAUUCGCCAACUUUGGAUCUGUUACCUUCACGGGAUCAAGCGCUAUCAUUAACGGAGCAACUGUCACACCAGGCAGCGGGUCUUCGACAAUUAUUGAUCUGGAAAACUCAAGCGGAAAGAUCAUCACAUCAACAACAGUCUCUGGCGGCUCGGUGACUGUCAACUAUGAAUAA